AUGUGCCCUAUGUGCACUCCGCGGUUGGUGCUACUGCAGGCCUUCUUCCUGAUGGUUCCCGAGAGCGUCCAGCCUCAGCCCUUUUCCUCCCCGUCAGGGGUAGUGUCCACACCUUCGCACCUGGGGCCUAGUACCCUGGGCGGGACCUUCCAGCCCCCAUCCGAGAGCACUGAAACCCCCGGGUCUCUGCCUGGGAUCUCCACUGUUGGCCCUACUGCUGUGAUCCCUUCUGCGCCUGACAAUAAGACAGUGGAUCUCUUACCAGUCUUACCGAUCUGUGUCUGUGACUUGACUCCUGGUACCUGUGAUAUAAAUUGCUGCUGCGACAAGGACUGUUAUCUUCUCCAUCCGAGGACAGUUUUCUCUUUCUGCCUUCCUGGGAGCGUAAGGUCCUCAAGCUGGAUGUGUGUGGACCACUCUCUUAUCUUCAGAAGUAAUUCUCCAUUUCCUACAAGAGUUUUCAUGGAUUCAAAUAGAAUUAGGCAAUUCUGUGUCCGCGUGAACAACUCAAAAUUACACUAUUUCCAGAAGCUCCAAAAGGUUGAUACAACCAACUUUCAGGCCCUGGCUGCAGAGUUUGGAGGCAAAUCAUUCAUUACAACAUUCCAAACCCAGUCGCCACCACCUUUUUACCGGGCUGGGGACCCCAUUCUGACUUACUUCCCCGAGUGGUCUGUAGUAAGCCUGCUGAGACAGCCUGCAGGAGUUGGAGCUGGGGGACUCUGUACUGAGAACAAUCCUGCAGGUUUCCUGGAGAGUAAAACUACAACUUGCACUCGUUUCUUUAAGAACCUGACAAGUAGCUGUAUCUUGGAUCCAGCCCUCGAUGCUGCCUCUUACUAUAACUUCACAGUCUUAAAGGUUCCAACAGGUAUGACUGAUCUGCAGAAUAUGAAGGUGAUGUAUGAGAUAGAGACCAAUGGGACUUUGGGGAUUCAGAGAGUCUUUGUCAGUUUUGGACAAACCAACCUGACUGUCAAGCCAGACGCUUCCUUACAGCAACACUUCAUCAUUCACUUCAGGGCUUUUGAACGAAGCACAGCCACUUCCCUUCUGAGUCCUAGAAGUGGGAAUCCUGGCUACAUUGUUGGGAAGCCACUCUUGGUUUUAACUGGUGAUGUAAGUCACUCAAUGACCCUCUUGCAGAGUCAGGGUGAUGGAACCUGCUCUGCUAAGAGACAUAAAGUACAAUUUGGAGUGAAUGCAAUAUCUGGGUGCAAGCUCAGCCUGAAGAAGGCAGACUGCAGCCACUUGCAGCAGGAGAUUGAUCAGGCUCUUCAUGGAAGGCCCAGACCAGAGCAUGUCGCCAUCUUUGGUAAUGCUGAUCCAGCCCAGAGAGGACAGUGGACCAGGAUCCUCAGUAGGAACUGCAAUGUUUUGGCUAUGAAUUGUACAUCCUGCUGUUUCAUACCAGUUUCCCUGGAGAUCCAGGUAUUGUGGGCAUAUAUAGGCCUCCAGUCCAACCCACAAGCUCAUGUGCCAGGAGCCCGAUUCCUGUACCAAUGCCAGUCUGUGCAGGAUUCCCAACUGCUAACAGAAGUAUCUUUGACAACUCUUGUGACCUUUGUGGACAUUACCCAGAAGCCAGAACCUCCAAGGGGCCAGCCCAGAAUAGACUGGAAAUUGCCAUAUGACUUCUUUUUUCCCUUCAAAGUGGUAUUCAGCAGAGGAGUAGGCUCUCAAAAAGGCUCAGUCUUUCCCAUUCUUACACUGUGUCUCUUACUACUUGAGGUUCUCAACCUAGACACUAACUAA